AGAAGAGUAAGAGUAAGAUCAAACAAAACCCUCUUGCUCUUUUAGCGGGUUUUCCACGACGCCUAAUCGACGAUAGUCUUAAGCCUGAAACCAUUGAAAUUUUAGAGAGAAAGUAGGUUUUAUUUUCUGCUUACGUUGUAUAGCUGAGUGAGAGCUUCACAUUGACAGAUCGAAACAAAGUAAGCCAACUUCGCGAUUUUCCACUACUGUGAUUUUGACCGGAAAAGUAUUCGGAAUCGGCAGCGGAAGAAGAUAAAAUUGUUCAUCCUAGUCUUGCCAUGGCCAUGUAUAUUCGUGUGAAGCGCAUGAAAACCACUUACUUUAUCCAGUGCGAUCCAACAGAGACUGUUUUGGAUGUUAAGCAAAAACUGUUUGCCCUCAUUGAGCAACCAGCUAGCAAUCAGCGUCUGGUCUUGAUGACUACGGAAGAAGUGUUAGAGGAUUCGAAAUCUCUAGCGGAGCAGAAGGUUGAGAAUGAUGCAGUCGUUGCUCUGACUUUGAGGAAAGAUGAUAACGAGUUUGAGGAUGUCAACAUUGCACAGCCCACCGACUUCUCAAUCUCAUGAAGAACUUUACUUACUGGCUGUAUCAGGAAAAACCUUUGCUUCAACAAGAGAAGUAUUGAUUCAAACACAAGGAGGAGUCUAUAAACGCCUGAAGUUGUGUCUUUGUCUCUGCUUGUGUCAACGCCUAUUUAGUUGUUACAGACUAUUGUUGUAAGUAAAGAUAUUGAGAUGUUGAAGUGUGAUUGCAACUUGCAAGAUUAAUAGUUUUCAGUGAAGUUAUGGACGCAUAAUCUUUCAUG